AAAUUUGGCCGGAGAAGGCAGACAAAAUACGUAGGAUUCGUGAGCGUAGAUUGGCUGAAGCGGGAAGCGUGCGCUGACUGGCUCCGCGCUUCGCGGGAAGGAGUUUGUGGCGCCAGAGAAAAGUGGAUACAACGGUGUAGCGGCGACGGGAUUCUGUGGUGUUCUGCGAGAGUACCGUACAGGAACCUUCUGGCCUUCUUUUCCCAAGAGAUUCGCCACCAAGAUGUGGAAUAGUGGCUAUGAAAGCUAUAGCAGCAGCAGCUACGGAGGAGGCGUCAGCUACACUCAGACCCCGGGAGGUUUCGGAUCGCCCACAGCUUCUCAGGCUGAGAAGAAAUCAAGAGCUCGGUCCCAGAACAUUGUACCCUGCACCAUAUCUCAGCUGCUUUCCGCUACUCUGGUAGAUGAAGUGUUCAAAAUUGGGAAUGUUGAGAUUUCACAGGUCAUUAUUGUGGGAAUAAUCAGACAUGCAGAGAAGGCGCCAACCAACAUUGUUUAUAAAAUAGACGAUAUGACAGCUGCACCCAUGGAUGUCCGCCAGUGGGUUGACACAGAUGACACUGGUGGAGAAAACACUGUGGUUCCUCCAGAGACAUACGUGAAGGUGGCGGGCCACCUGCGGUCCUUUCAGAACAAAAAGAGCCUGGUAGCCUUUAAGAUCAUGCCCCUGGAGGAUAUGAAUGAGUUCACCACGCAUAUUCUUGAAGUAGUCAAUGCACACAUGAUGCUCAGCAAACCCAGCACCCAGCCCUCAGCAGGGAGAGCCUCUCUCAGCAAUCCGGGAAUGGGUGAAAUGGGAAACUUUGGUGGGAAUAGCUUCACGCCAACCAAUGGCCUCAACGUGACCCAAAACCAGGUGCUGAAUUUGAUUAAGGCUUGUCCAAGACCUGAAGGAUUGAACUUUCAGGAUCUCAGAAACCAGCUCCAGCACAUGCCUCUAGCCACAAUCAAGCAAGUUGUCGAUUUUCUUAGCAACGAGGGCCAUAUCUAUUCUACUGUGGAUGAUGAUCACUUUAAAUCUACAGAUGCGGAGUAACGGAUCUCAUGAGUACCUGAGAUGUUUCUGGUUGGACCUGUUUGCACAGUCUGUUGCUUCUGCUCUGCAUAUGUUUGGCGAGGUGACUUCUAAGAAGGAAGUUGCCUCUGUAAAAGAUCUCAGUUGACAUCCCUUUGUAACUCCCUGCUCUUCUGUUUGUUGUGUUUUGAAGCUGAAAGGAAAAUGAUCGAAUUGACAGAGGUAAAGCAGGGUGGAAUUUCUUAGAGAAGUUCCAGAUGACCUCAUUAGGACAUCAGGACAGAUGAGACUAGAAGAAAGCCACUACCAAGGGACUUGGACAGUAUUGCUCAGAAAUUUUUGUUCUUUAAAAAAAAAAUUUGUUGAGAGAAGAUGAGCAGAACUGGGGCUUGUGGGCAUAGUGCAAGCAAGGAACCCACCUCCCACUGCCUGGUUUUGUCUCCUCUGAUGUGUUACUUUCAGAGUUGCACUUCUCUUUCUCCACGUCUUGCCUAUUGCUGAAAGUAGGUUUAUGUGAAUAUGUGGUUACGGGAUGCUGGCCUCACAGGACGGGAGAGGAAGAAAUGUUACUGUGUUUUGUACAAAAUAAAUACAUCCAUAUUUUAAUAAAACAGCUGAUUAGUGCAA